AACGUCUCCGCCAUGAUCGGUGGUGGACCUGGUGGUGGUGGCGGUGGUGAUGGCGGAGAAGUCAGAGUUUUAAUGGCGAAAUCAUGAGCUGCCCGUGAGCCAGACGGCGACCUGCGGGAUCUGAAAUUUUCUCGCUCUUUUUCGAACCGCGCGCUCUCUCUCUCUCUCUUUCUCUCUCUUCCCCCUUCAUUCUCACUCUCUGAAGCAAUCGGCGAGUGAGGAAGACGAACAAGCAGAAGAAGAAGAAGCUGAGGAUCAGUAACGAUGAGGAAGAAACUCGGCACCCGUUUCCCCGCGUCGCGGAUAAAGAAGAUAAUGCAAGCUGAUGAGGAUGUUGGGAAGAUUGCAUUGGCAGUGCCUGUCUUAGUAUCAAAAGCUUUGGAGUUGUUCUUGCAGGACCUAUGUGACAGGACAUACGAAAUAACACUCCAAAGAGGAGCCAAGACAAUGAGUUCUUCGCAUCUAAAACAUUGCGUUCAGACGUAUAGUACGUUUGACUUCUUGAGGGAAAGCAUGAAGAAAGUCCCUGACAUUGGUGGUUCCGAUCCCAGGUGCAUCGACAGAAAUGCCACCAGAAGAAGAAAAAUAUCAAACGAUGAAGAUCUUGACACAUCUGAUGGAAAGCGUGCAAAGGCCGGAAUGCUGACGCAACAUCCUGGUAGAGGAGGACGUGGAAGGGGCCGGGGCCGGGGCCGAGGAAGAGGAAGAUCAGCUCCUAGCUGCAGGCCAAAUGAGGACAGGUCCCAGGGGCAUGAUGAUGACUUGGGCAUGUCUUCUCAGCAUGAUGAUGAACAAGAUGAUGCUAAAAUCGAAAAAAUGGAGGGUCGUAGUGAAGAAAAAGAUGCAGGUUGCACAAAUAGCAAAACGGCCACAGAGAGUUUAACAGAAAACAAGGGACCUAAUGUAGAAGAGGCAGCUAAAGUGAAUGCCAAUCAUAAUAAUGAGUACUUGGUCUGGGCUGAUGUGGACAACAUGGGCAUAGAGUCAUCACAGUUUUUGCACCUAAACAAGACACUAGAAGCAGAAGAGGACUAUGACAAUUAUGAAGAAUGAAGCCUUUCAAUUGUUUAUAGAUCUCCGCAAACAAUUGUAUAAUAUUUUCCGCAGCAACUUAAAAUUAGCUUUGUUGUU